GGUUACCUCUCCUCCACAGGCUUUCACUUCUGCUGAGAUCCUCUCCCAGGCCAAGAGACAUUUCCUGCUGGGAACAUAUUUCUUAAUUAUCAUAUCAUUUAAAACCCUGCGUUGGAGAUGCAAGCUCAGUCCCCGGUGGUCGUUGUGACUCAGCCUGGAUAUGGCCCUGCGCCCCAAAACUCCAACUGGCAGACAGGCAUGUGUGAUUGCUUCAGCGACUGUGGAGUCUGCCUCUGUGGCACAUUUUGUUUCCUGUGCCUUGGAUGUCAAAUUGCAGCUGACAUGAAUGAAUGCUGUCUGUGUGGAACAAGUGUGGCGAUGAGGACUCUCUACCGCACCCGCUAUGGCAUCCCUGGAUCUAUUUGUGAUGACUAUUUAGUGACCCUUUGCUGUCCUUAUUGUUCUCUCUGCCAAAUCAAGAGAGAUAUCAACAGAAGGAGAGCCAUGCGGACUUUCUAAAAAAAGUGAUGGUGAAGACCUCUUACUAAAGCACCUACAUCAGAAACGUCUUCAAUUUGAAUACUUCACCAUCUUUUGCAACUGAAAUAUGAUAGAUCUUUUAAUUACAGUUGAUGGAGUGAAGAAAAUCAAGUGUUUUCAAGACUUCUAAGUUAAUCCUGUCCCUGAGUUUUCCUAAAUUCAGCUUAGUUUCUCCUUGCUUUCACAUUAUUAUAUCUCUUGGCUUAUAAUUUUUUUAAUUACAUUUAAAAUAUAAUCCAAGUAAAAGAUUUUACUAAAAAGAUUCUGUGUUUUUGCUCUCAGUAAAAGGUCUUUGUCAUUA